UUACCCCAAACACCCCCGAAACUCCCCCUUCCCCCCAAACACCCCUCAAAUUUCCCUUUCCUUCCCAAAUACUCUCUUUUCCCACCCCCCGGCGGUGCGGCGAUGCCGGGGGCGGGGGCUGUGCCGGGGGGGCGGUGCCCGGCGGAGGACGCGCUCGGCGCUCGACUGCGCGGCCUGGGCGCGGGCGCGGGGCGUGCGGGGAUGGCGGAAGGCCCCGUCCUGCUCAGCGACUCGGACUCGGAGGGCGGCCGCGCCCCGCUGCGCCGCAGCAAGCGGCUCUGGGCCCGGCGGCGGCGGCUGCGGCGCCCGCGCCCCUCGGAGAUCAUCGACCUGACGGGCGAGGACGCGUGCGGCGGGGCCGCAGCGUGCGGCGGAAGUGUUGUCAUCGACCUGACCGGGGAAGACGAGGAGCCGCCCAGCCCAGCGCGCGCCCCCGUGCAGACGCCACCUGCCGGGAUGGAGACCGAGGCCCUGCCCGGCUUCUCCACCGCCGCCAAGGAUGAAGCGAAGACAGCUGCCUGCUCCACGGACUCGGACUGCAGCCCCACCACCUUCAACAGCGACCUGGGCUCCCUGGCCAGCCCCCUGCUCGAGUCCAACCGCUUCUCCCUCUCCCCCUCCAGCAGCGACAGCUGGGGGGCAUCCGUGGACCCCGGCUCCCCGCCCCCCCGCUCCCUCCCCGCUACCACCUCAAAGAGCCCCUCCAGGAAGCGGCCGCGGCUGGAAGCGAGCCCGCCCGCGCUGGCAGCCGUGAAGCAGGAGCCCGCGGCGCCCCCCGCCCCGCGCCUGGCCGACCCCAGCUGCCUGCACAAGCUGCGGUACUUCCGGAGGAUGCCCGUGCACCACCUCCUGCGCGUGGCCAGGGCCGAGCGCUGCCAGGAGAGGACGUGGCCCAUCCCGAGCCGGAAGCUGGACCUGGUGCAGACCACGAUGGAGGAGAGCUUCCCUGAGGGCACGCUGCAGUUCCUGACUGACUUCGUGACGCCCCAGCACUACCCGCCCUGCAAGAUCACGGCCCACCUGGUCCAGGAGAUCCUGCUGGGCCCGCACCGCUGGGGGAUCCUCAAGGAUGCCUACACGCUGCUCAUGAAGAUCCAGACGCUCCAUCCGGCCAGCACCACGACGGGCAUGGGCUGGGACUGGCGGCUACUCAGACACAUCAUGGAAGACGAGGAGAAGCCUCCCGGGCGCCUGCUGUUCCUGCAGUACGUGGUGCAGACACUGGAGGACGAUGUCCAGCUGGGCCUGCGGCUGCAGCGCCCCUCCUUGACCAUCGCCAAGCAGGUGCUGUCCUGCGACCAGAGCUUCGGCAACAUCAAGGAGGUGAUCGGGUGGCUGGUGGCUGCCGUCACCGGCGUCGGAUUCUGCAGACCCCUGGAGCAGCAGAACGCAGCGCCUCCCGCCUCGGGUGCCUCCGGGCUCCAGCACAGCAGCCGCUCACCCACGCCGAGCCCCACGGAGCCGAGGGAGGAUGUCCCGCCGGAGUUCCUGGCUGAGAAGGUGGUGCUACUGCUGCAGCGGCUGCUGUCCAUCGCGGUGGAGGUGGACCGCUCACCCAACUGCAGCGCCCGCAAGAUCGCUGACGCCAUCUUCCCCUCUGUGCUGAACAUCCCACUGCGGAGCCAGAGGGAAACCUUCCUCACCACCAUGGAGAGCCACCUGCUGCGGUGCAAGUUGCUGGAGCUCCUGUUCCACCACAGCUGCGAGGUGCCCACAGCCCUGCCCCUGUCCCUGGCCAAGAUCCUGUACUUCCUGAGCCACACUUCCCUGCUGCUUCAGUACGAGGACCAGGAAGCCACAUGGCAGAGAUGGGACGAGAUGCUGCAGCAUCUGAUCUCCCUGCUGGUGAGCUACCACAACGUGGUGCUAGAGCACCUGUGGAGCUCCCUGGGCGAGCGGAUGCAGCUGAUCACCUCUGCCCCCAGGCCCCAGCAGCAGGAAGGUGAUGACAUCACCACGCUGGAUGUCCAGCAGAGCAUCGAGGGCUUCUGCCAACAGCUGCAGCAGAGCCUGGGGGCACCGCUGCCCACCUCUAUCACAGAGAAGGUGCACAUGCUCCAGGUACUGCUCCUCACUGCCAGCCGCUCCUGACAGGGCUUUGGACCCAAACGCUGCCAUGCGGCUGGAGCCCACCAUGCUGCUCCCUUCCCGGAGGGGCAGGGAAGGCGCCUGAGCUCUGCCAGGCAUUGGACUCCCCCAAGCCGGCACAGCUUGGCUCUCACCAGCACUUUAUCUAUGGCUUUCAAUACAUACUGUUCUUGGUGGCCAA